AUGGCCAAGAAUCAUCAGCCAGUUCAAACCAAGCCACAAGGUGCGCAUAUACCAAUUUACAUCGACCGUGAUUCAACCACACUUAUCAACCAAACCGGAAACUCAAACAGUAUACCAAACCAUUGGCCAACGAUUAUCCUCUGCGUUAUCUUUGUCAUCACAGGUCAAUCCAUGACCAAACUCCUCGAAAUCUUGUACAACCCUCAUCAAAACGACGGCGUUUGGACUCGGUCUCUCCACCAAACAGUUGGUUUCCCUCUCCUUGUCCUCCCUUUCUUCAUCUUCAAGAAACACAACCAACAACAACCUCCGACCACUUCCGACCGAUCCUCAAUAAGAUACAUAAUCUCUUUGUCCGGUUGCCUCGGAUCCCUCUUGGCCGGUCAAGGAAGAUUCUUCAGCAAGGCAAAGCUCACUCUGAUCUACACAACUCAGCUCUUCUCCACAUUGAUUUUCGCAUUCUUCAUCAACAAAAUCAAAUUCAAUCGAUGGAUCGUAAUCUCAUUCAUCUUUGCAAUCGCCACGGGAGCUCUCACUUUCUCCUCCUCAUUCUCCGGCGAAGCGGUUGAGAGUUACGCAAAAGGCGCAACGGCUGCUCUGUUCUCCGGCGUUUACUUCUCUCUCCUCCUCUGUAUUAUCCAAAGCGUAUUGAAACGCAACGAAUCGACCAUUAAAAACCCGAGCUUUGCGUCUGUUUUCGAAGUCUUGAUCUUCUCUUCCCUCUUCGCUACAUUACUCUCCGUCGUGGGUCUGCUAAUCACCGGCGAGCAAGACGAUUUGAAGAGGGAAAUGAAUGGUUUUUCAAAAGGGAAAGGUUCGUACGUUAUGGUUAUGGUGGGUCAAGCCGUUUCGUGGCAGAUCUAUUGGGUUGGGAUCGUGGGACUUGUGUUCUCCGUCUCGAGCGUGUUGUCGAAUGUCAUCAGCGUCAUUACAUGGCCGAUUGUGUCGGUUCUUGUGGUGAUCUUCUUCAGUUCCAUGGAAGAUGAGUUUGAUGUCUUCAAAGGUGUUGCCUUGAUCACUGCCGUCUUAAGCGCCGCAGCUUAUUUCUGUAGGCUUCACAAAGAGAAUCGUAACAGUGUCAUGAUGGCGAAUUAG